GACAAGACGGCCGCAGACGCACAUUGUCUGUCCUGACAAGCAGCAGCACACUGUGGACUAAUAGUGCGGCUUCAAGUUUCAUCUUUGAAGAAAACUUUUUAAGGCUUUUUUAAAACUCAUGUGGUGGACUACACGCACCUUUUAAAAUUAAUUUAUUGUUUUGGGAUUUCAACAACUUGUUAGAAGCUUAUUUAUUGUUUUCAAUGAGCGCAGUCCUGUCAUGACAUUUAUCCAGUACUCAUAGCUCAUCCAGUCCAAUCCUCAUAUUCUCAUCCACCCUCAUUAUGACUAUGAGCGCCAUGUCGGACACUUUGGUCUCCUCCGAUGUUUCCAAAUCGGCUUUUUUGGAAUUCGGGGGCCACGGCUACCCGGGACACCAGCAGCCCUCCCCCGGAAUAUCGCACGGCCAUUACGCCUUCCACAGUCUGCACGCUGUCGGACCCACGCAACACGACGGCCCGUUCCAGUCUUCUGCAUCCUCCUACGGCCGCCCGCUCGGGUACCCUCCGUACCACAGCCCCGUCAGCCCGCACCAACCCGGGCCUUACGUGGCGUACCAGCACGGCGGGCACAGCGGCGCGUUGGGACACACCAGGCUUGAGGACAACGAACAUGAGAAGCCCACAACGGUCUUAGAAAAUGGAGAGCUACGGCUCAACGUGAAGGGGAAGAAGAGCCGAAAAGCUCGGACUAUUUACUCCAGUCUGCAGCUCCAGGCUCUCAACCAGCGUUUCCAGCAAACCCAGUACCUGGCUUUGCCCGAGAGGGCUGACUUGGCUGCCAAACUAGGCUUGACGCAGACGCAGGUAAAAAUCUGGUUCCAAAACAAACGAUCAAAAUACAAGAAGAUGAUGAAGAACGGGCCCUGCGGACCUGAUGGCGAACCCCUUCCUCCCCCGGUAUCAUCUUCCACGUCUCAGUGCGCCCUGUGGGACAUGAGCAUAGCUGCCAAAGGGCCAGCAGUGCACCCUGCUGGAUACAUGAACAACUACAGCCACUGGUACCAGGGACACCAGCAGGACAGCAUACCGAGGACUCAAAUGAUGUGACCCUUGCCUGUGCCGAGGCUUUUUCUGUGGCAAAAACUCACUUAGUUCAGCGGAUCUGACACUGUUUUACACUGGAAGCCAAAGAUGACAGAAGAGGGCGUUAAACUUACGGUUUAGGGGCUAUAAAUAUGAAUACACUGAUGUGCAGAUAGGUAGUGGAGAAUGAAUCAAUCUAUUGUUAUUUACAGUUGCACUCAAUGCAAUUCAAACCUCAAAGUAACUUCUAUUUAUUUGCAAACUUUAUAAACCUGCCACCUCACGUAUUUACGGAUUUGUUUUCUCUUAGCCAGGACUGGCUGUAAAUAGAGCAACCAGUUUUCACAAGCACUACAGCAAGGGUGUCCAAAAUGUGCCCCAACCCACAUAUUUUUGUCUACCUUAAUGUAAAGUGAGACCAAACAUAUAAAGUUGAGAUCAAUUUGUGAAGCUGAAGAAAAUAAUGGCCACUGACCUUUAACCCCCACAGCUCUGUGUCAAAACUGUGUUUUUGUGCAAGAUAUUUGCACUGUUUUCAGGGAUUAUGUGUACACAGCAUGCACAAAAAAGUACUGCAAUACAUAAGCACCAUGUCUCAUGGACAACGCCAGUGCUGAGGCAUCUGUGAUUCCAGACAAUGUUUUUCUCUGUGGGAUUUAGUGGCAUAAUUACAUGUGGGAAAGGGCUCAUGUGAAGGUUUUCUAUUGUUUCAAACUUAAAAGAAAAUCGGAUUAAAGAGCCAAAGGACAAAAAUAUAGAGGCAAUGAGAUUGUUACUAUUUUGAGUGUUUUUAAUAGAACUGAAUCACAAAGUUAUAUUACAGAUGGCAACAGCUACUCCUUCCACUGAGCUCAAAUACGGUCAAGGCCUAUAUUAGUUCUUGGUCGAAAAUGGAGAUGAUGGGAUGGAGAAUUAUUGGGAUUGCAGGCGAUGUUGUCAUUAUUUGGAUAUUUGGGCAAACUGGUGAAAAUCAAGGGGUGGAUGGACACAUGUUACAUGUUACAUGUUACAUACCGGGGUUUAAAGAAUAAAUAAUAAAGAUAUUUUUGGUAUAACAACAUUUUUUUUUCAAUGAAUGGGUCUGUCAUAUGACCAAACACUGACUGUACAUAAUAAUAAUAAUAAUAAUAAUA